AUGGAUCCCGAGCUCGCCGCGCUGGUGGAGCAGCACAAAGAGCACUUUGCUUUCGAAAACGGCAAGGUCAAAUGCCUCCUCAACGGCCACAGCUUCCCCGCGCGGCUGGACCUUGUGGAGGCGUUCACCAGGGGUAGCAAGUAUGCUAAGCUGCUGCAGCGGCAUGAGGCAGAGCAGGGCCUAUCAAAGUACGAGCCCUUCAUUGUGCCCAGCAAUAACUUCCCCGAGAUGCUGUACUGCGCGCUGACGGGGCAGCUGAUCGCCAAGACGCUCGAGGCUGUCAAGCUGCAUAUGAAGGGGAAAAAGUUCCAGCGCGCCAAGGAGCGGUUCACAGCAGACGAGAUCGAGCUGCGGCCGGAGCCGACCCUCGAGUCGUUUGGCAUAAAGGUGCCAAAGCAGGAGGGAGGCGCGGAGGACGGCGAUGAGGCAGGCACCAGCGGCAGCAGAGGCGUUAAAGGGAGCAAGAAGCCGGCACCGAAGGGCCAGGGGGAGCGGGGCGGCGGCGACGAGGAGAUGGGGGGCGGGGAGGAUGGGGGUGAUGAGGAUGAGGAAGAGGAGGGCGGCUUCUGGGUGCCCGAGGGGGUCGAGUCUUCGGAGGAGGAAGACGAGGAGGCGGGCGGCAGCAGUGGCGCGGAUGACGGCGUCGACGGCGCGAUGCUUGGCAGCGACGACGAGGUCGACGUGGGCGCGGCAGGGGAAGCAAUGGACGAGGACGAGCCCAGCCCCAAGCCGGCACAGGCGCAGCAGCAAACAGGAAAGCCGAAGGGGCAGGGGCGGCGGCUGGGCAAGGCGGCGGAGGGGCGGAAGGCGAACAAGCAGGGGCAGCCGCGGCAGCAAGAGGGGACAAAGGCGGUAGCGGCCAAUGGCGGGGGCGCCGGCGCCAACGGCAAGCAGAAAGGGGCGGGGGCAGCGGCGACGACGGCCGGCGGCAGUACGGGCGGCAAAGCGGUGAAGCGCAACCCGCAAAAGCCCAGUGCUGCCAAGAAGGCCAAAAGAUGA